CCCCCUUUUUGCUCUUUAUUAAUCGGUUGUAUCUUUGGAUUCGCGAUUGACAAACCCGCCACCGUAUAAAUUUGAUUUCGCGAUCAAACGACGCACGGAUCAAAGCACGCGCGAAGGAAGACUGUACAUCUAUUUUCGCCAUGAGACAACACGCAAACGCAGCCCGCACAUAGCCUUCACUCUCGACUAUCGACCCAACCAACCACAAACCCAUCCUGGAAUCCACUCCGACCAACUCCAACAGCUGCAUACUUCGUUGUGUACAUAAGUUAUAAUACAACAAGCUCCCAGUAUUCCUUUCUGAACAGUCACCGAUCCUCGCUACACAUAUAUCUCUCCAGCCUCCUACCAAUAUCAUGACACACCAAAUACCCCCCAAACAUCAAUCCAAUAGUCCAGAUCCCUCUCUUUCACAGCCAGACAAAUUGGAGGAGAGAUCCAGGCAGCUCCAUAUUCUUGAUCGUGAUCAUGCUGAUUUUAUGAUGUUCUGUCAACGUGCCAGCCUACCCACUUCUCUUGGAUACUUGAAUUUGCUUGAGGAACUCUUCAGAAUCUUAUCUGCCAACAGAGAAUAUCGCUUGAUGUUAAUCAAAUUUGCCACUGGGCUAACAAUACAAUCAUGGAAAGACACAAGCAAUGAGUUGAUGCUGGACACUCAGCUGAAGCAAGACAAGGUAAUCCAGCUUGCCCUCAUGAGGCGUUACCCUCAACUUUACAACAGCGAAAAAAUCAGCCUCGAGGCAAAGAUCCAGUCGCUUGAAAAGCCCUUGGACGCAGGUGAACGACUUUUGCGUAACAUCAUUCAACCUCCCCAGUUGUCCCUGGAUGUUGUUCAAAAAGGCUUUCGCUCGGACUAUGUCGGUCAUGAUGAUAUUGUCACACCAACCAUCAAGGCUCUAGAAGCGUGGUCAUCAGCCUGGUUACAAGAAAUCUACUUUGCGCCCUACACCUGUCUAGUUGGUCCGACAAUGAUGGGAAAAAGUCGCUUGCUCAAGGAACUGGCAAAGGAAGUUUGUGUCAUUUACAUUUGCCUCCGCCCCGAGGGUAGCACCGGUGAACCGCCACGAUCCCAACUUGCAACUGAAAUGUUAGCAACACCAUACUCUGAAGAUCACUACAACCGACUCAUCGCAGCAAUUUUGUCCGUUGCGCUUGGUUUUUUCGAGAAAGCCACCAAAACAUCCGAUCGAACCAAGCUAUUGAAAGAAUGGAACAAGCACCAAGAGUCCAUUGACUCGGAUUUUUACUCAAAAGUUCAGUCCAAAUUUCGCAAGCUAGCUGAUCUGGACGACGCUCCCUCCCAUCUACGUAGCGCAGCUCAGUCCAUCUGUAAAAACAACUUCUUUAAAUCCACUGAGUUGAAGGUAGUUCUGGCAAUUGAUGAGGCCAGUGCCUUGCUCGAGUUGCCGCCAAAUAAAGAAGUUACACGGUUCCAGAAGUUUCGCCGUUCUUUGAGAAACGUACCAACUUGCACCGGUAUCUUUGCUGUUCUAGUUGACACAAAUUCUCGCAUUGCCAAUUUCUUGCCAAACAGCCGAUAUGAUCGGAGCUCGCGGGAUAUUGGCGCUCGUGGAGGAAAAGGCCUGCUGUACCCCCCUAUUUACAAAAUAGCAUCCUUUGACGUGAUGGUCCCUCUUCAUGAACCAGAAAAUUGGAACAACUUAUCACUUCCAGAGCGACUUUGCCAAUACGGUGUUCCUUUCUACAGCUUAUACCUCGGUGAUGCACUAACGCUCAACGAAGCCGCAACCCCCGCUAUUGUCGUUAACCGAAUGGCUAUGUAUGCUUUGGGAAAACUUCUGUUCUGCGACAAUAUAACAGAAAAGAUUGAAAUAACGGAAGCCCAGGCACUCGCAUUGCUUGGCCCAACAAUUGGGGUUCCUCUCCAUGGCCAGGCUCGUCUCAAUGUGGAACUUACUGCGUCUCAUGCAGCACAUUGCGCCUACCUUGAUUCAACCCAUGAAGUUCAAUUUAGCUUCUAUCCGUCACAGCCGAUUUAUGCAUUAGCUGCAAACAAUUAUCUAUAUAAGAAUGAGCGUGUGCUCAUAUCAUGUAUUGAUUCUCUGGCUUGUGUUCUCUCGCAAGGCUGUGUCGAUACAGGGGAGGCUGGCAAAUUUGCCAGCAGGAUAAUUCUAUUAUGCGCAAUGAACAAAACUGUUGCCAAUCUCAAGACUUCAAACGAAGCUCUAGACCAGAUGGGCAUUGAUUCACUGCCCGAAAAACUGAUAGAGUUUCCUAGCCCCGUCCCCGUGGCAAAGUUUCUGGAAACCCUCACUGGAGUUCCGGCAAAUGAACUGCCUCUGGGUUCAAUUAAUAGUUACCAGAAGAAAAGACUGUUGGAUGAGGGGAUGAUGUUUUGGAGUCACUUCAUGCAUUGCACACAUACACCGACCACUGGAUCAUUGAUGGAAGGUCUACACCGAGGGUUGGCUAUGCAAUGCCAUCAUAGCCAAAAGUCAUUUGAUCAAAUCUUGACGAUCUACUUGAAGGAUCAAUCCCGAGAUUCGUUGGACGAGAAAGACAUCUCAUUCUGUGGUGUUCAGGUUAAGAACGUCAAAAACAAUGCUGACACCAAGACAUUGCAGUCGUGGAUGACCCCUGAACACGCAGGUAUUAAUAUAUCUGCUGCCAACCCUUAUCUUGCGCUGCUCUUUGACUUGAAGUACUCACCAAUAACUGUCAAAGAAGCACAAGCGGCUGAAAAUUUCACAAAGACUUACGAACUACCUCCUCAUGGAGAACCGGAUCUUCGCCAGGCUUCCCUAGUGUUCUAUGAACUCGAUGCUUUUAACUUCCUCAGUCUUGAAUUGAAGCAAGCUUUGAAGAGAUUGCUGACUACUAAUGUGGAUCUACUGUUGCACCAUAAAGAUGAACUGGGAAUCAAGUAUGCCAAACAAUUCUUACUGCGCUCUGAUGCAAGCUUUCAACCUUAG